GUCGAUACCGAUCUUGGUCAUGGUCCAUGCCGGCCGCCGCCGAUUCGUGAGGACGAUUCACGAAUUGACGAUGACCAAGAAAGACGAUGCCGAGAACGGCGCCGACCUUUCCGCAUUCAGUCUUGGUCAUGGUCACCGGUUUCUGUCCCUCCGCCCCUUCUGCGCCUCCGCCUCGGGAGGGUGGGAAAGGCGGCCCUUCCUUCUCCCGCUUCCUCCCCCGUCGGCGAUUAGAAAGGGUAUGGCGACGCUGGGGUGUGGUUUGCGAUCGGCGCCGCUGGUGCCCGGGGGGCACGAUGCUGUCCUUGUCGGUCCUCCUAGCGACGCGGCGGAGAACUCUUUCGAGGUCUCCGCCCGCCCCCCCGGGUGCCGCUUGCAUACCCCACCCUUUGCAAACCACACCCCUCGGAGUCGCCGACCCUUUUCUUUCGCUGGCCUAGCGCUGACUGAAUGGAGGCGCCGCGUCUUGAGCCUGAGCUAGAGGACGGACAAACAACAAUGCAUUCUGUCAGCGUGCGAUCGUGCUACCACAGUGCAGUCAGUGCGUGCCCUGAAAGGGGACAGUGGGCGAGGGGUAGAACAAAUGUUUGCCAGCGUGGACCCCAAACCGUGUGUCUCAAGCAAUAUAUGUUGUGCAACCCAUGUGGAUUCCUUAGACCACAAGCAAGGUUCUCUAGGCGCAAGCACUCUUUAGAGAAAAAACAGGCGUGCCAUUCUGGGCAUCAAGGCGGGUACAAGGCGAUGAAUCCCUAACCCCCCAUCCCAUCACCCUUGACCUCCGAGAACCCGCUCAGACCUCCAUUCCCCCCCCCCAUCCCCCUCCUCCCCUCCUCAUGUCCCCUCCCGCUGAAGCCCUCUCUCCAUCUCCCUCCAUGCCCCUUUUCCCUCCCUCUUGCCCCUCCUCCGGCCCGCCAGUUGACCCGAUGAGUCUCCAGCGGGGCGAGGUUGUCCAGAAUGCCACGGCGUCCUCCGCGGCCAAGCUGGCGGGGCAGAUGAGCGCCGAUGCGCAGCUCGGGGAUUGCUUAGUCAACGGCGACAGCAGCGACCAUGGCAGGGCGUCGGGAAGCGCCAAUCCGGGCGUAUUCAACAGGCCGAAGACCAGGGAGAUGCAGGCCCUCCAGGACUCCGAGCAGUGGGCCAAGCUGCCGCUGCGCGAGCAGGCCGAGGCAGGCCAGAAAGUCAAGGCGGCCUUUCUGAUGUUCGCCAACGACCGCAUAAACAACGAGCACAUCUGGAUCUACUGGCUUGACCAAGCAGGCAAGUCCGGUCUCGACUUCUCCAUGUACAUUCAUGCGUAUGGAGUGGCUCCCCGGGGGAAUUCUACCUGGAGGAGGAGGGGAAGCCCUUCUUUGGCCCGGUACCUCGUUCACCAGCAGGUGCGCACAACCUGGUGCCAAAUGUGGGAGGCCCAGAUGCUGCUGCUCGAAAAGGCUUUGGCCGACUCUGCGAACACGCACUUCCUGAUGGUCUCCAGCGACUCGGUGCCAGUGAAGCCGCUGAGCUUCAUUUACUCUGAGCUGUCCAGCAAGCCCCUCUCGCGCUUCUGCUCGGACGACUACUGGCGCAAGCCGUGGCCCCGUGCAGAAACGUGGUCGGUUCUCUGGCGUGGGGAUGCGGCGCUCUUCGUCGAGAACAAGGAGUUCUCACGCAAGCAUUUUCGGCGCGACUGCGAGGAGGAGACGGCGUGGUACUUCCCGCUCCUGGCGCGCUGGGGCGAGCACGGCGGGAAGGCCGCCGUCGACAGGGAGUGCAUCAUGUUCUCUAACUGGAAGGACGGCGAGAAAGCCUGCAAGGAGGAGUGGGCGGUGAACGCGGACAGGUGCAACUGCCCCAAGCUCCGCUCUGGCGAGAAAACGCCCGCCAACUUCAAGCACCCGGUCAUAUACCGCAGGGUCCCCGCUGCUGGCUUCGAGGAGCUUGUGAGGUCCCCAUUUUGGUUCGCCCGCAAGAUUACCGACGGGGCGCUUACUGAGGAGCUGAAGGACAUGCUGCACGAGAACUUCACCAAAGAGAGCCUGGUGCAACCGCCAAAGCGCAGCCGCAGGCACUUUUUUCGCUGAGCAGCCAGGGCUUCCGCUCGGUCCUCGCUUGCAUUCUAGUCUUCGCGUGCGCUUUGGUUCUAUUUCGCCCUGGCUCUCGACAACAGCACAGCUGCCCAUAUGUUCACAUGCGCAUGCAUACUGAACAUUGCUACGACAUUGACAAGGUCACCCUCUGAAGGCCAAGGAGGGAAGCCGUACCACAGACAGUCCCCCCUUUUUCCCCGCAUUCUUCAGUGGGCUUCCCCUUCAAUUGCACAUCCUCGCUCUCCUUCUUUUCUGCUUCCUAUCCUUCCCCUCUCGUCUCUUUCCUCCCUCUCUCGCCUCCCGGGGGCGGAAUGCCGGCUAGCCCUGCAGGGGUGGGUUGGCUCUCCGCCUCCUCUGCUUGUCUCGUCUUCGCUCCCUCCGAAUGAUACAGCUCCAAGUCUUGUCCCAUAGUGGGCUGAGGUGCCGUUGCUGUAGGCCUAGCUGUUUCUCCCCGACCCUCCUUCCCUCCCUUACCCUCCCCCGCUGCCGGGGUGUGGUAUCAGUAUGCUCGGGCCGAGUUCGUGCAUUGGAUUCUUUUGACACCAUAGUUGGCCCUUCGUGUGGGCCUCCGCUCAGCCGCUGAGGCGCCUUCGAGCAUCCGCUGGUCCGCUCUGGGCGCCGGUCGGACUGCGUUGAUUUGAUAGAUUGGCCUUAAUCUUUGCCGCUCUACCUUGUGUUGUUCCUCUUGUUGGCUCUUCCGCCUCUUGCUAGGCCCGUCUGAUGUUGCUCGCAGGUGUGAUGUACAAUCGUGGGGGGCUUUCCUCCUUUCUCUCUUCUCCUCUUUAUCCUUCAUCUCUUCCUUUCCGCCUCCUCCUCCUCCUCCUCCUCCCGUAUUUCUCGACAAGCACCUGCACUAACGCUGACGCUGGGUUUUUGAACUGCUUCCCCAUGGCACCACGGCCUUGCACACAGAAAUCUUGCCAGAACUGUCAAUGUGGCCUUCUCCCCUCCCUCCUCCCUCCUCCCCCCUCCCCGCGAGUCUGGGCCGAUCGCAAGUUUUUACCUAACAGCUUUUGCUGAUAGGUUUCUAGUGGACUCAAAAGAGAGCAUCUGAUGACUCCACAGGGGGGUCUGGGCGGGUGCCGGGGAAAAGAACCGGGAACAGAGGGAAUGCUUCCAGAUAUGCUCCUACACAUCGCUGUUAGGUUGCUUUGCCGGGAUAAUUGACUUCAUCUCUGCACUGCUGUGUGUUUUCCAGGGCUGUCAGCGAAACCAUGGUGGCAACCUGAACAAUCGCCGCGGGGAUCUCGCUUCUCCAACGCUUGUUUUUUCACAAUGCAAGCCGGACAGCAGUGAGCACACUAAGAUGCAACAAGG